GCGCAUGCUCUAUACAGUAGAGGGUUUCCCCUAGGAUUUUGCCUUGGAUUUUAAUAUCUCUCCUGUUUUAACAGAAAGCAUCAAUCCAGAAACGGUUGACCUCAUUUAACCAAAAUGAGUUCUAUAACGAUAGUACCACCAGAAUCACCAGUGACUGAAUAUUCUGGAAAUGCCGCACAGAGCACAAUUGGUCCUAUGGAUGCAGAAUGUUUUGUGGACGUGCGUGCAGGCCGGGAAAACUUUCAACUGGCAAAAUACGCAGGCAGAUUACCCAAAGCUGUUCUUGAAAUGAGACAACAGCAUUAUAAAUUGAAACAACAGCAAUUACAGACAGCACAUAGUCCUCAGCUUCCAGACCCCUCCUCUACCCUACAACAUCAGCCAGCCCUUAAAAAUCCAGCUUGGAGCCAAGACAAGGUUACAACAUCAUAUCAAUUCAAAGCAUUCAACGCUGAAGGCCUGAUAUUGAAAGAGUCUCAAAAACCAGUGGACGAGGGUUUUGACUCUCUGAAGAUUAAAGCUUCUGCCACAAAGCCACUAGAGGACGAUGCCCAGCCAUCUGACACAAUUCAGGAAGGCAAGGUUCAGCUGUGCUCCAAGAAGGGCUGUGAGGCUUUCUUGCUUGAUAUUGACAAGUUGAGAGGCACCACUGGGGUACUGUUGAAUGAUCAUUUCAAGCCCAAGGGAGACCGAUAUGAAGUGGGGACCCAUUACAAUAAGGUUGAUAGACUGGGUGCUGGAUUUUUCGGUACGGUGGACCGGUGUGUCGACAAAAGAACCCAGCUGAAGUUUGUUAUGAAAAAGCUGAAGAAGACAACCUUCAACCGAAAGGAGGUGCUUGUUCCGGCCAUGUUUCCUCAUAACAACAUGACACACAUGUUUGGCAUCAUCAGCUACCCAGACAGCAUCGAGUUGCUCAUUGAAGACGCCGGCACAUCCCUUAACCGUUUUGUUAACAAGCACCGGGACCUGUGCAAGUCUGAUAAACAGAUGUGGGACCUUGUUAGGCAAGGCUUACGGGCCCUGGCUCACCUUGAAAAAUAUGGAAUCACCCACCUGGACAUUAAACCUGAAAACAUGUGCAUUUUGACACAAGAGGAUGGAAGCCUAGUACUGAAACUGACAGACUUUGGCUCAGCUUGCACCCUGCGAGAAUCCCUCAACUUUGUCGGCAUGACCCCAGAAUACCUGGCCCCAGAGAUUGCCAAGGUGGCUUUACAGCGGAAAUUCAAGGUUCUGAAUUUUGGUGUUUCUGAGGGAGAUGUUACAUGCAAAGUUGAUGUCUUUUCGUUCGGACUUGUGAUCAUGUACAUUUACAAGGGCUGCCACAUUCUGCAAAAGUUGAUUCCCCAGGGUCAGACUUCCUACAAGAACUUCCCUCGUGAACAACAACACCUGCUCCAAAUUCUUAUGCAGUUGGCGAAUGAGGAUACAUGUACCUUCAUUAAGAACCUUAUCCCGGACGAAUGUAGCCUGGAUAUGCGAGGCCUCAUCUCAGAUCUGGUGCAACAUGAUCACCAAAGGCGCCCAGCAGCUAGUGUCGUCCUGCAGAGGUUGGAGCAAGUUGUUAAACCAGAAAGUGCUAAACAAGAGGAGGGUCUAAGUCCUCUACAGGUGAACUCUGCUGCAAAAUAUUUCCAAAAAGCAGGCAAAACUCUUACUGGCAAGGGGCUUAAGUGGCAAGGCAAAGGGAAAGGAAUGAGCCGGGGCUCCACAGUGGCGAGGCAGUCCCCUUAUAGAGAGAGACCGGUGGCCAGCAAGGUGAUGAAUAAUUCUUUGACACCUGUUGAGGAAAUGAGGACAUUGUGCAUUGAGGAACAGCCUGUACAGGGAGUGACAGACAGCCACGCUCCGGUCGCCCAGGCCUCAAUGGAAACAGAAUGCACCAAUGACUGUGAAUUCAUUGACGACAAUGCCCCUAUGGCCAACAUCCAGGCUUGCCUGAUCCCCCAGUUCCACCAGACAAGCCCCUUCCCUCAGACAGUGCAGGCAUACACUCAGGCAUCUAAUGUGCAGGAUGUUGACCUCCGAAGGCCUGUCUCGUCUUCCCAGACCGUACAAUCCCUGAGACCUCAGACACUUCAGGCAAUGAGGCAGGCAGCUUCACGGACAACUCGACUAUUCACCGAACUAGAUGUUUUUGGGAAACUCCUGGAUUUACCGGCCAAAUCCCAGCUACAAGAAAUGACUCCGGAGAGUCCACCAAACCCCCAGCCAACAGCUAUGAACCAGGAUUGUCCUCAAGCCCGGUUGCCGUGCUUUGACAUGCUCUUUAGCUAAAUACACAAUUGUCAGAUCAAGAAUUCCAGCUUUGAUUGACUUCAAAUCUGCAAUUGUUGGUGUAUGUUGUUAAUGGGGAGAAAAUUUGUCAAUCUGGACAUGCAGUUAUUGAACCACGAAGAGACACCAAAAACUUUUGUUGUAUUUUUAUUUGUUCUUUUCCUAUCAUUUUGGUUUUUGAUUGUUAACCAUUGUCUGUAGUGUGCCAUGUUAAACAAAUGAGGUGAUAUCAAUUUUGAGUAUUCUUUAACAGAUAUUUGAAGUGGCAUUCUUAUUCAAAAUCAAUACAUACACAUGUUUUACAAACAUAAAUUUUGAGUGAUAAAUCUUUUACUACUUACUAAAUAAUACAUUUAAGGAAAAUUUUAAUUACUGACAACAAGAUUGUAACCAUGUAUAUAAUAGCUGAAAACGAAAAAAAAAAAUAAAUGAUUGGUGAGUGCUAAAAGAUUUACUGUGAUCUAGUAUUUCAAAUUAAACACAGUAUCCUUCACAAGAACCAUUGCUUUGACAUUUAUUCAUCCUUUUUGGUAUAUUAAAACAUUUUUUUAUGGUAGAUUGUAUUUGGGAGUCAGAGUGCAACUUUAAAGUCAUUUUAGAGGUGUGAUAUGAAUGUUUUGAACUAUGGAACUUGUAACCAUGUUUGUUUUCCUUUUUGAUACAUGAUUAACCCAGUGUAAAUGUGAACCUUUUUAAUUCUCUUUCUUUUCUUUCAGUCGGUCUUUUUUCCUUUUGCUGUCUCUCGGUUGAUUUUGUUUGAAAUUGAACGCAUUAAUUAUUACAGGGCUGUCUUUCUAAUGAUUUUGGGGCCAAAAUGCGUUCCCAUUUAUAUGUUUUCCUUGGCCUGCAAAAUCCUUCUCACUCAUUUUUGUAUAAGUGGACAUAAUCCUUCCCAUAAACUAUGUCUGCCUUGUAUAAACAAUGGGAGGGAUUAUGUCCGCCUUGAAAAAUUGAUGGGGGGGAAUUAUGUCCACCUUGUAAAAUUGAUGGGAGGGAUUAUGUCCACAUAUACAAAAAUGAGCGGGAGGGAUUUUGUCCGCCUCCGAAUCCAGUUAUUAUUGAUCUAAAUUUGAUUAUCAUAAUGACACAAGUAGCAACAAUUUACCUACACUGAAAUUUAUUUAAGAAUAUUUUUUUUUGCGGAUUGGAAAUUUGCUUUAUCUGGCAGAAGGGCUCCAUUCCUUUUGAGCUGAGUGACAGCCAUGUUUAGAGUUUAAUCUAUUGAAAAUGUAAUGAAAUAUUAAAAUUUAAGUAUUGAAGAGAAGCAUGUGAUAUUUGUAAUAUAAAACAGUAUAUAAAUAAAAUAUAUAUUGAACUAUAUUUAAAGUAUAAAACAAUGAAAUACAGUAUUGUAUUUGUAUAUAUUUAUACAUAUACAAUGUUCUUCUGCGUAUAAUGUUUGUACAAGAGGCUUUAGUAUACCAGCGAGAGUUAAGGUAAAUAAUAUAUAUGUAUGCUGCUACACACACACACAGAAAAAAAGAAUAGUUUAAAAGUAUUUCAAUGAAUUUACAUAGUAUUGCUUGAAUAUAUUUUUUUCACCCCACUCUAUACAUUUUUUGAUUUCUCAACAUUUGUAUAAAAUUGGGUAUGUUUCAUCCUUGUGUUAGUAUAUUUCCAUCCUUGUGUGAACAUAUUAUUUUCAUAUUUCCAUCCUUGUGUGAGCAUAUUUUCAUUCUUGUGUUAGCAUAUUUUCAUCAUUUUGCUCUCAUGUUUCAUAAUGGUGUCGGGAUGAUUUUCAUCAUUAGAAUGUAGACAGUAAACAAUCAUAAAGCAUUUGUAAAAUGUACCAUUUUGUUAUUGCAGAGUUUUUUGUAUGAUACACUAUUCCAUUCAUGAUUUAUGAUUCUGUUAAGUUGUAGAUUGUGACUUGUGCUAUUUAAUUUAGUUUUGUCUUAUUUUAUUUUAUUGCUUGUCUGUGAUAUGUAUACGCCUGUUCACAGAAUAGGACAUAUAGUAGUUUCACCUGCAGCGUGCUAUGGCGGUGUCUUGUUAUCUGAUCAAUAACUUUAGAGGCAUUUGUCCAAUCAUCAUCAAAUGUGGUCAGAAUGUUUAAGUUAAUAAUAUCUAGGUCAAAUUUGUUAACUAACCAUAGUGCUGGAGUCACUUAAGAGUUACUGCCCUUUUAUUAUAUAUUUUUUCAUGUCUUGUCAGACGAAUUUCCUCGAAAUCUUUUGUUUUAUCAUCGGUAAAUUUGAUCAAAAUGUGUAAGGGCAUACAAUUUUGGUUUAGUUUGAUAAUCAGCCAUGUCACCUUAGCCAAAAUCAUGUAUUUACAGUGUCCGCUCUCGAAAUUUGGCCAACAUACAACCAGUUGACACCAAACUUGGUGUACUAAAAAUGACGGGCAUAUUUUGCGAUAGUUGCCGCUCGUGAUUUAAAUUAGUUUCUUUUGUGGCUUGUUUUUGUACUUCCCAUUUCUGCUUAAACACUGAUGCUGUCUGCCUUUCAUGAUGUCCUUUCUGUUUUGAAGAAUUGUCAAUUCCUAUUCAGGAACAUGUUUGUUAUGUUUAAAUGAAUUCUUAUAAUUUUGGUUUAAAUAUAUUUUCAAAAAUGAAAUAUUUAAGUAGUGUACGUGAUAUUUAUAGUGAAAUAAUACGUGACUCUUCUUUAAAACGGGGACGACAACAUUAUGCUUGAUCUGGAAUAAAUGUGCUUGAACAAAA